CAGCAUUUCAUCUUUGGCAUGCAUGACUCAGCAGCCGUCCUUGUAGCAUUUUGAAAUCCCAUCUUUCUAAGCAUCCAUCAUCUAUUCAUCAAAAUCACUAGCAAGACUUCGCAACACGAUAUGAGCUCCCGUGGCUCAAUCGAUGAUGGCUGUGGCGGUAACGGCGAGGAUGCUUCUACUCGACUCCUCCCUCGAUUGCUCCCCGCUUUGGGAGGUCAUGGAAGUCGACGUCCCAGCAUUCGACUUUCGUCUGCACCGCCCAAAAGGAUAGGAAAUCCUAUAGCAUGCAGGCCCUGUAAAGCCAGGAAGCUACGGUGCGAUGGAAUUCGGCCAGUGUGUACAAGAUGCCAGAAGAAGAACACUGGUGGUUGUCAGUAUGAGUUGCCCGCCGGUGUUUCUCGUCAAGUCGCCUUGAAGAACUUCAACAAUGCUCUGAAGCGUGACAACGCCGACUUGAGAGAGCUUGUGUUACUCCUGAAGACGAAUAGUGAAGCUGAAGCUAAGGCAAUACUCAAUAUGAUCAGAUCCCACGACGAUCCUCUCAUUGUUAUCAAGAAGCUUCGGCAACUCGACCUGCUUCUCACUUCCCCUGACACUCCGAGCCAAGACUCUGAUGAGGCUGACGUGAAAAGUGCUAUUCAGGUCCCUGCCCGGCCGUGGACAAGUGUCGCGACUGACGAAGUGGUCUCAGAGCUGAUCACUGCCUGGUUCGCUUGGGAAGACACGACACUCUUUUCGUAUAUCACACUAGAUCUUUUUGUAGCAGACAUGAAGGCAGGCGAUCCGGAGAGUGCGACAUAUUGCUCUCCCUUCCUCGUCAACGCCAUCUGUGCUGCCAAAGCCUCUAUGGACAAGCCUGCCGCAGACGCAGCGUCUGAAAGCACAUGGAAGUUAAGCGAACGAUUCCUCGCCGCUGCAAAGGAGCACCUGGAGCUCCAAUGCGGACGCGCUUCGCUUCCUACCAUCCACGGACUGUAUUGUCUUUUCCAGCACGCAUCUAUCUCAGGAGAAGAUCGGGCAGGCACGUUGUAUCGACUUGCUGCGAUCGACAUGAUAAGCCGUCUCAACCUCACAAAGGUAUACAGAAGCUUGAGAGACGAUGUACCAUCACAUUUUAGGCGAAAGCAGGCUAUAUCACGAACCUUAUGGGCUGUCUGUAACGUCGAAAGUCUUACUACAUCCCUGUACCUGAAGCCCACCUUAUUUCCGGCACCACCAAUUCCUCCCUACUUUCGAGAGCCUCCUCUCACAUCUUCAAAAAUGGAGGACGAGGCAUUUGACUUCCUGGGCUCCCCAUUUUCUCACAAGAGUUCACAACCGCCCGUGGUGCGAGGCGCACAAUAUGCACUAUGCGAGGUCUCAAUCAUCAUGAAUGAGGUCGUAAACUACAACCACACCACCCGCGAGUGCCCAAGUGGUGGUGCUGCAGAUAUUGACAUCCGUCAGGGUCUCUAUCGCCGGCUCACAGAUCUUGAAAGGUCCUGGCCAAGCUGGCUCAGACAUGACGCUGAAGUCACCCCGCAAACUUUCGUCUUGGGCUUCUUUGCGAAUAUCGUCGCCUACAACAUCCUCCGUCCGUUAUAUAACGUCCACCCUGAUACAAGCUUCGAGCCCUCGCUGCCUCCAGGCUCGAUGAGAGGCCCGCUAGGGUACGCGUCAACAGCACAGUCAUUCAUCCUCAAACAUGCUGCCAUCGAUGUCAACCUGAUGGAGACGCUCGAGAAGCGCUGGCCAUACAAUAUCCACCCCUUCACAUCUCUUUUCCUCGCCGCACCGUACAACUGUGCCGCGACUCUAAUCUCCCUCCUCCACAUUCCCGUUGCACAAAAUCUUUUCACUCGAGCAGUCCGCAAUCUUCGCCUGCUCGAAUCAGGCCUACCUUGCGUCAAGCUAAUCCUCGGUGGCCUGCUGGUCGUAGCACGGUCCGUCGGCCAGCAAAUCCCAUCCGAAGCACAGGACAUAUUCGAGGGCGUGGAGGAAGCUUGCGAGCUGGAGCGCAAAGAUAUCCCCGUGUCGUUCCGCGCUCCUCAGGACGAAGCGCUGGUCAAGUUGCUGGCUAUCAGCGAAAGUGAAAAUCUGGACAUGGUUGGCGAGGUGGAGAACAUGGGCUCGGAGCUGGGAUGCAUGCUGUCGCUGUAUAAGAGCAUGAGUCUGAAGGGGAGGGAUGGUGCGAAAUGAUGUGGUAUACCCGGUUUUAUAAUCCUGGGAUCUAGGGGAGCUGGAAAAUUUGCUUUGCUUAACACUCACACACAUGAAAUUUCGGACUGCGUGUUAGGCUAAUGAAAUGAGAUAUGCCUAUCAAUUUAUAAAUUCAUGCUUG